AAGAAGAAGAAGAAGAAGAAGAAGAAGAAGAAGAAGAAGAAGAAGAAGAAGAAGAAGAAGAAGAAGAAGAAGAAGAAUGAAAGUCCUAAAGAUUAUACCCAUUGUAUGUGGCUUCUUUGCGUUCCUGUUUACUUGUGUGAGCGUUGGUGGUAAUGCGUGGCUGACGGAUAAAUCAGGAGAUGUUUUAUACGGUCUGUGGAAAACGUGCAAUGAACAUUCCGGUUGUGAAAAACAUCAAAAGGUCGAAGAUUGGAUCAAAUCAACACGAGCUAUGACUUUGCUUGCUCUUGUCUGCACAUUGAUCGGAAUAAUUUCAUCAAUAGUGAACAUUUUCUGUACACAUUUGGCAGUAUCCAUUGUUAAGUGUGUUGGGUACGGAUUGUCAGUCAUCUUCAUGAUCAGUGGGUUGGCGAUAUUUAUGGACGAAACAACAGAACAUGUUGACAAAUAUGGAAUGAAGUAUAGCUGGGCUUUGGUUUUAGGAUGGGUGGCAAUGAUAUUUUCCCUUGUUUCCCUCAUUCUAUCGAUCGUGAAUAUUAUCACUGGAGAUAAAAAAGUAGCUUCAAAUCAAACAGUGUGAACUGGCAAUUUCUUUUGGAAUUUUUAUUUAUAGAAAGUAACUUUUACGAAAUGCAACUUAGUGAUGCGCGAAUAGAAUUGGUCAACAUCGAUCGUUUUACCUCAAACCGAGAUUUUUUUUAAUUUUUGAUUCCUGACACCGCGGUGGAGAACUCGUGCAGUUCGCUUUAGUUUAUUUUUAAGCGUUAUGCUCCUAAACAACUUCGUCACCAAGGCUUUAUUCUCUUUUUGAAUCUCGUCAUCAGCUUAAAUCAAGAAAAUCUUAUUCUACGAAAACCUUUCGCGUUACCAUAGUGUUUAAAAUUAGAUACAAUAUUUUAGAGAAAACGUUUUCUACGUGUGCAUGUAACUUAAUUUUGCGGGAUAUAAAAAAUAUGACGAAUUGUUGUAUUAGUUUUUGCGAAUAAUUGAUAUGUAAGUAUUUCGCGGGGCAAAUAAAUGUUAUCAAAUAUUUUUAAACAA